AUGGGUUCCGUAUCAACAACUUCUCCAGAAUAUGAUGCAUUGAUCAUCGGGGCCGGCUUUGGAGGGUGCUACACCUUGCACAAGCUUCGCGAAGCGGGCUUCAAGACCAUUGUCCUGGAUGAUGGGGCGGACCUCGGGGGCGUCUGGUACUGGAACUGCUAUCCUGGCGCUCGUGUGGACACCAAGGUCCCGCUCUAUGAGUUCUCCGAUGAGUCGAUCUGGCGCGACUGGACUUGGUCAGUGAAGUAUCCGGAUGUCUUCGAAAUCAGGAAAUAUUUUGCCCAUGUGGAGAGCAAGCUGCAUCUGAAAAAGGACAUCCAGUUCAACACCCGAGUCGUCGGCUCCCAGUGGGACGAGGCUGGAAACUUCUGGCGGGUCACAGAUGCCAGUGGCGGAGAGAAGACUGCCAGAUACCUCAUCGUGUGCACGGGAUUCGCUGCGAAGCCAUAUAUUCCGAAGUUCAAGGGAUUGGAUACCUUUAAAGGCUUAAGUUGCCAUAGUGCCAGGUGGCCGCAGGAGGGAAUUGACUUCAAAGACAAGAGAGUUGCUGUUGUUGGGAACGGCUCCAGCGGCCUCCAAGUCAUCCAGGAAGUUGCAAAGGAAGCUGCUCAUUUGUCCGUUUUCCAACGCAACCCCACGUACUCCCUGCCAAUGAAACAAGGGCCUUUGAGCAAAGAGGACCAAGACAAGUCGAAAUACAAGAACCUCUUCGAGUUGCGCAAGCUGACCUUCGCUGGCUUGGAUCGCGAGUUCAGUCCUCAGAACGCCGCAGAUGUGUCAGAUGAAGAAAGGAACACGUUCUUCGAAAAGACCUGGGAUCAAGGCGGCCUAUCCUUCUGGUUAGCGAACUACCAAGACAUCUUGAGGAACCCAGAAUCGAGCCGCCAUGCGUACAACUUCUGGCGAGCGAAAGUGCUUCCACGCAUCAACGAUCCCAAGAAGGCAGAGCUACUUGCGCCGGAAGAGCCGCCGUAUUACUUCGGCACGAAGCGCGCGACUUUGGAACAGAGAUAUUACGAGGUGUACAACCAGGACAACGUCGAUUUGCUCGACGCUAAAGCGAAUGCAAUUACGGAGAUUGUGCCCAACGGCGUCAUCACGGCCGACGGGGCCCUGCGUGAAGUAGACAUUUUGAUUCUCGCUACCGGCUUCGACUCUGUUACGGGCGGGCUUCUUGCGAUCGACAUCAAGGGUGUGGACGGCCAAUCUCUCCGGGAGAAAUGGGCCCAGGGCACAUACACCAACCUUGGGAUGAUGACGAACGGCUUUCCAAACAUGAUGUUCCCAUAUGGUCCUCAAGGUCCCACAUCGUUCUGCAACGGGCCUACCUGUGCUGAGAUUCAGGGCGAUUGGAUUGUCAAUACCAUUGGAUACAUGUCCAAACAUGGAAAAAUCAAGAUUGACACCCAGAAAGAGACGGAGCAGGCAUGGAGAGCUUUGACGAACGGCAUUGGGGACAUGACGCUCCUCCCGCACACGAACUCGGAGUACAUGGGAACUAAUAUCCCUGGAAAGGCAAAGGAGAUGCUGAACUACUUAGGAGGCGUGGUGGACUAUACAAAGCGUAUCACCAGCGUGAUUGAGUUGGGAUAUCCUGGAUUUGCUAUCCAAUAG